AUGGGGGGACGGAAUGGGAGGGGGGAGGAAGGGGUUGGAAUGGGUGCGGAGGGGAAAGAGAGCACAGAGGAAGGGUUAGGAAGUGGCGGAGAGGGCUCAAGCCAAGAGGGGGAGAGGCCAGAAGGGGAUGCUACUGUGCAAGCACGUAUGGAGGGUCAGAUUGGGAUAGGGGAAGACGGGGAUGGGAGGGGAGACGAUGGGAUGUUGAACGGGAUUGAGAACCAAGGUCUGCAGUUUUUCUCUGCGGUUCAGGGUCAGAUGGAACGGUUCCAGGGUCAGGUAGAGCGGUUGCAGCAGCAGAUAGAGCGGUUUCAGCAGCAGGACAUCCCGCUUGGGAUAAAAGCAGGGAAGGUGGUGGCAGCGGCAGCUGCUCUGGGGUUUACAGCAGCAGCUGGGGUGGUGGCUUUGAGGGUUCCAGAUGGGUGGGAGGAGGAGAUGGGGGAUGGGAGUUGGAAGAGGGAGAAAGAGGUGGUUGAGAAGGGGGGGAGCUGGAUGGUUGGGAGCGGGGAUGCAGGGAGGGGAGAUGGGGGGGAAGGGAGGGAGAGGAGGGAAGGGAAGGAAGAGAGCGACGGGAAGAAGGAGAAGGACAAGAAGCAGCAGCAGCAGCAGCAAGAGGAAGAGCAAAGGAAGCAGCAGCAAGAGGAGAAGGAGAAGGAGAAGGAGCAGGAGCAGGGGAAGGGGCAGGAGGAGCAGGAGAAGGGGCAGGAGCAGAGAGGAUUGGGUAGGAAGGAGAUGGGAAAAAGAGCAAGGGGAGCAGAGGUGGGGGUGAUGGUGGAAACAGAAGAAAGUGCUGUUGCUGGGGGCAGGAGGAAGGGAGGAAGAGGGGAGUUGGAAGGGAGUGAAGGUGGUGGUGAGGGAUGGAGAGGGGUGAGGAGGAAGAGGUGGGUGGGGUUGUUGGGUGGGGAUGAGGAGGACGAGGAGGGAGGUUGGGAGGGGAGAGGGGAGGCAAGGGGGUAUACAGUGGAGGGUUUCUUGGAUGUGCCAAGUGGUGGUGAUGGUGUUGUUGCCGCUUCUGCUGGUGGUGCUGCUGCUGCUUCUGCUGUUUUUGGCGGUGCAGGUAGUGUGGCUACAACGGGUGAUGGUGUGCCAAGUGGUGGUGAUGGUGUGCCAAGUGGUCGUGAUGGUGUUGUUGCCGCUUCUGCUGCUUCUGCUGCUUUCGGCGGUGCAGGUAGUAAGGCUACAACGGAUAUUGCAAUCGGUAGCAAGGGAGGAGCAGAGGAAGCAGUAGCAGGAGCAUCAAGCAAGGAAGCAGCAGAUGCUGCAGAGACCGCAGAGGAGGAAGCAGCAGGAGCAUCGAGCAAGGAGGCAGCAGUGUCUGUAGGGAAAGAAAUAGCUGCAGCAACAACUGCUCUCUUUGCAGCAGUAGCAAUGGCUCGAAUCGCCUCGGCUCUUUCAGCCGCUGCUGCUGCUUCUACUGGUUCUGGUUCUGGUUCGUCUACAGUCGCCCCUGCUAAAGAAUCAGGUGGAGAGUUUCCCACAGCUGCCUUCCCAUCACCUACACUUUCUGCUUCUGCCUCCGCCCCUCUGCCUGCUGCAUUUCCGACUGUGGACAGGAGAGAGAACAGCUCAAUUGCUCCUCCUGCUCGUGCUCCUGUGUCAGUGAGAGGCGCGGCACAACCCACAGAAGCAAAAGAGAGGGCUGGGGCAGAAAUCAGGGCUGCAGCAAAAGAGAGGUUUGCAAUGGAAGGCAGGGCUGUAGCAGAUGAGAGGACUGUAGCAGAAGGCAGGGCUGUAGCAGAUGAGAGGACUGUAGCAGAAGGCAGGGCUGUAGCAGAUGAGAGGACUGUAGCAGAAGGCAGGGCUGUAGCAGAUGAGAGGACUGUAGCAGAAGGCAGGGCUGUAGCAGAUGAGAGGACUGUAGCAGAAGGCAGGGCUGUAGCAGAUGAGAGGACUGUAGCAGAAGGCAGGGCUGUAGCAGAUGAGAGGACUGUAGCAGAAGGCAGGGCUGUAGCAGAUGAGAGGACUGUAGCAGAAGGCAGUGCUGUAGCAGAUGAGAGGACUGUAGCAGAGGGUAGGGUUUCAACACAAAGGGAGGAGCCAGAUUCAGCGAUGGACACAAGUAUGGACCGAGUAUUCAGGAACAAGGGAGAGCGCAUGGCAGACAGCUCAAACGACCCUGCUUCUCGUGCUGCCCCUGCUGCUGCCGCUGAAGGAGUCGCAGGAGGAGGCAGGGCUGUAGCAGAUAAUAGGGUUGUGUUAGGAGGCAGGGCUGUAGCAGGAAGGGAGGUGCCGGAUUCAGCAAUGGACACAAGUAUGGACCGAGUAUUCAGAAGAAACGGGCGGUGGGAGGUGGAGGCUUCUGGGGGAGGUAGAUCUGGGCGGUUGGAUGCAGGGGAGGAUUUGGGGGAGGAUGCAGGGGAGGAACCGGCGAAGAUCAUGUCGGCCGUUACGAUGCAGACGGCAGCGGCUGUGAAGCCGUCAGCCUUCGUGGGCAGCACGAGCCUGAAGGCGAGCCAGCACAAGAGACUACAGAUGGCCGCGCCCAGCCGCGCAUCCGCUGCCGGCGUGCGCUGCAGCGCCGUCCGCUCCGAGCGCCUUUGGACCCCGAAUUCCGCCGCAAACAGCGGCGAUAUCUGGUCCAUCAAGAACGAUCUGGAAGUGCCGCAGAGUCUGUUCAUGGGCGCACCGGAGGUGAUGGCGGGGCAGGGAGCGCCGCCCCCCAUGCUGCAGGAGCGCUUCCAGUCGGUCAUCUCCCAGCUCUUUCAAAACCGCAUCAUCCGGUGCGGCGGCGCGGUGGACGACGACAUGGCGAACCUCAUCGUGGCGCAGCUGCUCUACCUCGACGCCGUUGAUCCCACCAAGGAUAUCAUCAUGUAUGUCAACUCGCCGGGUGGCUCCGUGACUGCUGGCAUGGCCAUCUUUGACACCAUGCGUCACAUCCGGCCUGACGUCAGCACUGUGUGUGUCGGCCUUGCUGCCAGUAUGGGCGCUUUCCUCCUCUCAGCAGGAACAAAAGGCAAGCGCUACAGCCUGCCCAACAGCCGCAUCAUGAUCCAUCAGCCGCUGGGAGGAGCGCAGGGGCAGCAGACAGACAUUGAGAUUCAGGCGAAUGAGAUUCUGCACCACAAGGCGAACCUGAACGGUUACCUGGCGUACCACACUGGCCAAUCCUACAACCAGAUCGUUCAGGACACGGAUCGCGAUUUCUUCAUGAGUGCAACAGAGGCCAAGGAGUAUGGCUUGAUUGAUGCGGUUAUUACCAACCCCCUCAAGGCCCUCAAUGCUGCCCCAGUUGCCGCAUAA